GACCUGCAAGUAAGUUUUUAAAACUAACCCAACUAUAAUUUGCUUUUCUUUGUAAUAUACAGGAAUUUGUUAUGUAUGAUUUUAUAACUGUGGACAACUUGGUGAUCGAUUUGAUGUGUCGAAAAGCAAUGCACAUGGUAUUGUCAGAAAAUUUAUUUCCAUUAUGGAAGUCCAUAAGCAUAAGUUUAUAAAAUGGCCUCGGGGAAAUGCUAUACAUCAAACUCUUCAAGAUUUUAAACACCUUAGACCAAAGGCUUUCCCUGGUGCUUUCAUGGCCUUGGAUGGAUGUCAUAUUAAAAUUCCUACUCCCUGGAAUAAACGUACACGAAUGAGGCAUGUUGAUCAACGUUGCUAUAUCAACCGCAAACAUGUAGCUUCUGUAGUUUUACAGGGAAUAUGUGAUAGCAAUCAAAAAUUUACCAAUAUUUUUGCGGGUUGGCCUGGUGCAUCACAUGAUGCCAGGAUUUUUAGAAAAAGUAAUAUAGGUGUUGCUCUAAAUGGUCCACUGCAGAAUUUAGUUCCAGAUAAAUUGUUACAUCUUAGCUAG